AUGUUCAGGUACGUGGGACGACAAGAUUUUCAGGAUGAUUAUUUUGGUGAAGGUUUAACUCAGGCAGAUGACGAGGAAAUAUACGAAUUUUCAAUUGAUAUUGAUAAUAAAGUAAUUGAUAGGUUCAAGAAAAAAAUUAAGGACGAUUUUUCUGAUCUAUCUUAUCCAGUCACUGAUGGUACCUUACAAGAAAAAUAUCUUGACAUAGAUUAUGUCAAAAAUCUAUCUGUACACUUUGAAAAUUUCAACUGGAAGCAGCAUCAAUAUUUCAUUAAUACAUUUCAACAUUUUAGGACUGAAAUCGAGGGACUAAGAGUUCAUUUUGUCCGUUCUGCUUUCGAAGAUACCUACAAAAAGAUAAUACCUUUAUUACUGCUUCAUGACUGGACCACAUCUUUCUGGUCUUAUUACAAGGUAAUACCAAUAUUCAGUAAUCCAAAUCGUUUUGGCUUCGAUUUUGGUGUCAGAGGACAAAUAGCAUUUGAUGUUAUCAUCCCAUCGGUCCCUGGGACUGGUUUUUCUGAUAGUCCUGCAAAACCAGGCUUUGGUUUGAUUGAGGCGGCUCGAAUACUCUGCAAAUUAAUGAAACGACUGAAAACAGAACACUUUUUUGUUCACGGGAAUGGACCAUUCGGGUCUACUCUAGCUACGACCGUAACACUGAUAUGCCCAGAAACAGUCAGAGGACUGCAUGUCAUAAAUCCAACAAUGGAAACUUUUGUUACUAGAGAACAUCAGAUUUUGCGUGCUGCUGCUUCAAUGUAUGAACAGUUCACUGCCGCUAAUCAUCCGUUAAUCCAAGAAAAAAACAAUGACCAAAUAUUCAAAAAAUGGCCAAUAUCACUAGAUAAGCAGGAAUUUUUUCACUUACAGCGAAUAUUUGGUGCAUUCGUGUCGGACUCAACAUUUUCUCCCACUCGAAUGCUGAAAUUUCAAUAUUUAAGAGUAGAACUUUUACUGAAGUCAACCUUUACAAAUUCUCUAGUUUUCAACCCUUUUUUUAUAGAAAUUGCCUAUGCAAGUUCAGCAGCUGGAACGAUGUCAUUUUUGUUAGACCGUUGGGCACUUGGGACAGACCCAAACUAUCAGAACAAAUCCGUACAGUAUUUACAUCACUUUUACACUGUGGAUGAAUUACUAACUAACACUCUUUUAUGUUGGUUAACUCGAUCAACUCCACGAAUUUUGGAACUAUUUACGCAAACGGCAUUGAAUUCUUUAAGUGCAGAAAUGUUUAGAGCUACCGUCAAAAGUCCAACUGCUAUUCUAAUAACCUUUGAUAAGAGAGAAAAAAAAGCUCGCGAUAUUUUUGAAUACCGUUAUUUCAAUAUCAGCAGAUUUACUGUUGUGGAAUCUGGCGGUGAUUAUUACGCCUUACAAAAGCCGCAAAAAUUUGCUGAAGAUAUUUAUGGUUUUGUUGAAAGUAUUGUUGGAUAA